AUGGCCUUACAUGGGAAUCACGUGACUGGAAACGUGUUUAAAAGGAUAAAAACUAGCCUCCCUAGGGAGACUGAUCCAAUCCCGACUUUGGAGGGGGACCUAGGGGUCACGGUGUGCGGUGAAGCCCUUGGUCUCUCCAAGCGGGAGCCGAAGGCCUGCUGCAAGGGAAGACAGGACAGUGUCAUGGCUGCUGCACAACCAUUUCAGGCAAAAGAUCACGUAGAACUUUAUGAAAAGUACAGGUUCCCUCCUCCUGAGGAACUCCAAAAUGUUAUCUUCUCCUAUUUGGAAGAGAAGAAAGGAAAACCUCACAGACUGGCCGUGGACGUGGGCUGUGGAUCAGGCCAGGGCACGCGAGUCCUGGCGCCUCAUUUUGAGUGGGUCUUGGGGAUGGACAUCAGCGAGGCCCAGAUCCAACAGGCCCGACAAGUCCCCGGCCCCAACAACAUCUCCUACAGGGUCUGCCCCGCAGAAGACCUCCCCCUGGAAGAUGCAUCUGUGGACCUAGUCACGGCAUUUGCAGCAGCUCACUGGUUUGACACGGAGCGCUUCCUGCGGGAAGUGAAGCGCGUCCUCAAGCCGCAGGGUUGUGUGGCCCUGAGCACCUACCUCCCCCGGAUGAGCCUGCACUUUGGGGACUGCUCAGAGAGGCUCACCCAGAUUGUGGAGAAGCAGAUGCAGUUGCUUGUGGAUAAUUAUGCUAGUAACGGCAUCAAAUUUGUGUUGUCAGAGUACAAAGAGAUACUUGAUGCUAUGACUUUCCCAGACAAACAAAGAAUUAGAAAUCUCCGUGGUAAAAUGCACAUGUCAGUUGGUGAAUUGAUGGGGUACAUACAGUCCCUUGCCAUGUACCAGAAAUUCUUGAAUAUCAACCCUGAGGCAGCAAAGGAUUCUUUGAAAACAACCGAAGAGAGCAUCUUAGAGACCAUGGGAGCUCAUUCCAAAGAAACUCAAAUAGAGGUCUGGAUGAAUUAUGUUUGCAUUCUAGGCUACAAGAUGUCAUAGGAAUGCCUCUGGAGCAGGGAGGAAGCAAGGGAAAUGCCCGCGGCCAAAGGGGACCAUCCCAUUCUCUGGAGAAGAAAAUGCCCUGUACUGGCCACCCAACAAAAUGGAAGACCUGAUCCUCCAAGGCUCCUGUCUCGCUAU